CAACAGGACUGUGUCGGUUUGACAGCAGCGGCGGUGGCUAAUGAGGAAAACCGCACAGCCGCGAAAAUAAGCGGAACACGAGAGUUUUUCUGUGUUUACGACACAAAACAGACGCUUGUAUGAAACGCGGGAGCCAGAGCUGACCUGUUGUCAGGAUGGAGGUGGCCUCUGCUGCCCCACAGACUGUCCCAGAGCCACUGAGGAGUCGGAGGACACCUCUGCCUCUGAGUCAGCUGGUGGAGAGGAGCAGAGGCAGAGCCCACAUCCCCAAUUAUCUGCUGGAUUCAAAAAUCUACACUAAACUACAGCGCAACAGCCUGAUUGAAGCGGAUCCUCCGGAGCUUCACUUCAGUGGCUUUGAGCCGGGGAAAGACUGCGUCAAGAUCCUGAAACUAAUCAACGUCUCCUGUGAAGUCAUGAAUAUUCACAUCAUUCCCACACAAACCAAGCACUUCCAGACAUCUUACACCAAGAAGUUUCGACUCAUACCGGGCCUCGCCUACACGCUGAGAAUCCAAUUCUGUCCCAACGAGUGGCGAUACUUCUACGACUGCGUCCGGGUUCACUGUGAGGGCGAGGAGAACCUGUUAAUUCCAGUUCACGCUUACCCUGUCAUUGAUGACCUGCACAUCCCUCCUCAUAUCGACCUGUCAGCCGUACCGCUCGGACACAGUGUGAGCCGUGUUAUUCCGCUGAGAUGCAGCUGUCCCAUUGACUUUGAGUUUCAGGUGCACGUUAUCCAGCCACACGAGGCGUUCUCCAUCCACCCGCUCACAGGUGUGAUACCAGCUCAUGGUGAGGUGAAGCUCACCGUGACCUUUAAACCCUCGCAGUAUGAAACCUGUCAGGUCACGAUGCAGCUGCUCAUCUCGCAGUUUAACACCAAGCCGUUCCUCUGCACCGUCACGGGCAGGUGUGCUCCUCUGUCAGCACUCAGUCAGGUGGAAAGAAAGUCGGGUCACGGAGAUACAGCGUGUCCAGAACCUUCUGCCGUCGGUCAGCUGCCUCCUCGAAGUAAAACCAAAGUCAGGUCAACGAAGGAUGCUGGGAAAUUAAAGAGGGAUCAGCGUGUGCUGAAACCACCGGUGGACGUCUGCACUCCUUCAGGAGUUGCAAAGAUGUUGAUGAAAGAUACGAACAAACUCAGCGCCAAAGCCCUGAGAGAAGCUCUGUCCUGUGGCAGUGCGAGCGGCCUCCACAACAAGCAGAUGAAGGAGGCACUUUUCCUCAAAAAGCUCCAUCAAAACGUCAAGGAGAACGACAACCACCUCAGAUGGAAGUCCCACGUGGGGAAGGAGCCAGUGUCGGAGAAAAGCAGGAGGCAGAUACUGGAGCACAGACAGGACAGACGAGGGGACAUGAGACAGGUCUUUGCUGCUGGACAGACUGAAGUCUUUUCCACACGAGUGCAGUGUGAAGCUGGACAGGCUCCAGGGGGCGCUCCGACCUUCCACUUCCACUCCACGUUUCACCUGGAGCUGCGACACCGAGCCGUCGGACUGUUGCAGCAGGCAGCACGCAAGGUCGUGAUCCGAUGUCGGGCAAACCGGAGACUCGCAUGCUUGAAGAAACACACGAAGAACCUGCCACCGCCGUCGCCGCUUCAGAAAGUGAAGGAGAAGGAGACGACGGCGUGUGAUGAGAAGAUCCCGCCAGACAAAGUCUUCCCCUCUUCUUUUCCCGUCUUCUCCAUGGAUGACGAGCCUCUGGCUCUCAGUGGUUUGGUCACAGCGCCCACGGCUCCUGUGGACGUGGACGUGACCAUGUGUGUCCCUCUCUUUAAGCUUCAGGUUCCUCAGCGCUACAAGCUGAUGGACUACAAACCUGUGUCCACCUGGGAGGCGUUCACCUCAUACGUCCCCGCCACUCUGGCCAGACCACUUCGCUCUGGACCUCAGGACGAUGUUCAGCCUCCGUGUCCUUCAACAGAGCAGAAGAAGAAGCAGCAGCAGACGCCGCCGCCGCCGCCGGAGACUGAGGAGGACGCUGUGGAAUCACUGGCGUCCGUCAGUCUGAGCUUCACCGUCCCUGAGGCUCUGCUCCGACCUCUUCCUGCAAACCCUCUCAGGAUUUUUAAUCCAGCUCCAGGCCUGCAGACGUACAAACCCACUCCAAAAUACAUGGAGACCGACCUGGAGUUCUACCUCUCCCCUCUGCCCAGGUACACAGUUCCUGAGAGCAACAUUUGCACAAGAACACAAACUCUUCAGAGGAAAUUACUGCACCACAAGGAGGUGAUAGAAGGUGUCAUGACGUGGAAGGACUUUGAUUCACUCACAUUUAAAUGUCUCUCGGACAAACCUGGUCUCAUCACCGCGGGCUGGAGCAGGUCUGUGGACUACAACACAGACGUCCUUCCUCUCACUGGUCCUUGUCCUCUCUCUGCUCCCCUGGACGAUGUCUCAACACUCAUGGACAAAGAGUGUGAAGGCUCUGGAGUCCAGCUCACACCAGCCAUGAUCAGAGCCCAGUUUCUACCUGGAGAUGCUCUCGUCUCCCGUAGCAACCGGGCAGCAGGAGCAGCGGGCAGGCAGCAGACGGAGGUCCGGGUGGAGGCAGCGAGCCGGCGUGUCUUCAACCAGAUGGGACGGCGAGUCACGGCGAGGCUGAAGCAGCUGGGCGCCGCCAACGGAGCCGCUCAUCCACCGUGUGGUGACCGUGAGGAGGCAAAAACACCAGCACACUCAGACAAUGUGAACAUGUGAUACACAUUCACUCACAAGGACCACACACAAUAUACAUGUAUACACACACACAAUAUGAAGAGACUAUAAAGCCUUCACCCGCUUUCCCCACAAAAUCCUGGAAUAUUGUAAUCCCACCAGCCACUCCCAAUCUGUACAUAUGCUCCAGUACAUAAUCCCAUCCAACAAUGUUCAUUUCAAAUCUGUGGAAAAAGGAAAACAAAUUAAACCUCACUUUGUUGCACAUGACUGCGUUAUACAUUUACACACAAUGCUUAUAAAUAAUAAAAAAAAGCCCCAAUCUGA